AUGGACUCCGAUUCGGCCACGUUCUCAGGGGUAAUGCGUGAGGUGGGGGCGGGCAGGCAGCAGAAGCAGGAUCAGCUAGCUUCCUUGCUGGUGCAGGUGCUUGGGGUGAAGGAGGCUGGUGAGCUGAAGGAGGGUUUUGGGUUUUUCAUGCAGAAUUUUCUGUCAAGGGGGGUGAGGGAGCGUGGGGAGGGGGAGAAGAAAGCAGGGGGAGCAGUGGGGCCGGGGGCAGGGGCGGGGAGGGGCGUUGGGGAGGAAGCAGGAGGGGAGGGAUGGCAGUUGUUUGAAGAGAUGAUGGGGAUGAUGCGCACGAUGGGGGAAAGCGAUGCACCCGCGAUGGCAGAUGUGAUGUCGAGGAUGCGGCAUGUCAUGGGCGUGGAUGGGGAGGAGGAAAGGGGUUGCACGGUGCUGUGUAUGGUGGCCGAGAGCGAGGCUGGGGGGAGGGGAGGGGAGGGAGACGUGGGGAGCCCGCACGGCAGAAUCCUGCCCAUGCGCCACCCGCUUCGGGACCUUCCGAGCCUGCUGGUCAGGCUCGGUGCUAUCCCCAAGCCUCUGCCUUGGAGUCAGUUUGACUCGGAGUGGGAGGAGUGGCCUCAGGGUGAGGAAGAUGCAGUGAAGUUUCCUGACGAUCAGAGCGUGCGUUGCUUUCGUCUAGGGAGUGUAGAGGAGGCAGCGGAGGGAGAUCAGGGGAACAGGGGAAGAGGCACAAGGGGUGGUGGGGAGAGCGGUGGGGGGAGCAGUUGGAGGCGUGGCAAGGGACGUGGCAGGAGGAGUGGCGGGAAGGGGGGAGGGGGAGCGCACCCCUCCAGAGCAGCAGCACCCUCUGAGAACAGAGCCAUGCCCAUUGUGCGGUGCGCAGCAGACGCUCAUUUCCUGGUGGAGUUUGCCGGGCAUCAGGUCUACCCCCCCGCGUGCGCCCGCUGCUGCUCGUGCCUCGACCAGUUCACCUACCACAUCCCCUUCCUCACCCUCCUCGCUAAUUUUGCCUACCGCCCCACCACCGUCCUCCUCAACCGCUUCCUCUCUGUCUUCCCCCCGCGCUCCCCGGAAUUCUCUAAGCUCGUAGACCUGCUAUUGUUAGAACCUUUUCUUCGGGGUACCUGUGCGGCAUUCCAGGUGCACGUGGUGAGGGAGAGAGCGGAGGAGAUUCCGGUCCACUUUCUGCUCAACGUGGCUCUCAACUGGCCGAAUGCGAUGCUGCAGGUCGAGGAGAUUGGCAUGGUCGGGCGAGACGAGUGGAAAGGGGACCUGCUGGGGGGGGGCGGAAUGGAGGAAGGCAGGGAGAAGGAUGCGUGGGGAUGGUGGGGGAGGGAGGGUAGAGGAAGGGGAGGAGGAGGAUGA